AUGUGUCCGCGCCCUAGCAAGUUCAUCUGCUUCUUAGUUUUCGUUAAUGUCGGAGUGCCCUGGCACCCAUCUAAGUAUGACACGCGGGUUGACUCAGGAACUACAAACCGGGGGGCGCAGGUGAGCAGUAGCAGGGAUGACAAGAGAACCGUCAAUGACGUGGUACCUGUUGUGCCGCCGAUGCCGAUGUCGACGCCCAUCGAGUGCUGUGAGGCGACAGAAGACAAGGACACAUGGAAACAAGUUUCCUAUAAGAAGCAGCGAACCAGUGCGUCCAAGUCGUCGCAGUUGGUAGCAGUUUCUCCCCCUGUGGCCUCGGCUAUGCCUCCAGCUCAUAAAACUUUACUAUUGAAAGGGCAGUGCGGAGAUUCUGCUGAUAACACUGUCGGCAAUAGCGCUAGGCGGGAAUUCGACAGACGUCAAUCGUUGCCAUUGCGGCCUGUGGUUAAAGGUAUCGGCCAAAAUCAUAAUCUCCAGACCAUAGAACCCAACAGGCGAAUACACGCGUGUUUCUUCAAGCCCGAAACUACAUCUGAACAGAUUAUAAAUCAUAUGAAGGAGAUAAGCCAUGUUGCCAAUUUCAAGGGACUCAAGUCAGUGAAUGGUUUCAACGUUCCACCGGGCGCGUACAACGAGGUCGUCGCCACCCCGCCCCCGGCUGGAAAACUAACAAGGGUGACGAAGCCACUGUCCCGAUGUCUCAACGAGAUUAACUCAAGACCUUCACUGCAAAUAGUCUACCAGAAUAAUAAUGACAUUGUUAAUGGUAAGGGAAGUAAGUUAGACGUAGUGCUCGUUUCUGAAUGUGUGGGAGCUGUGAGUGUAUGCGCAGCAUCUGAAGGCUUAGUAGAGCAUGCUGAUGUUUACCAUCCCCCACUGGAAAUCGUUGUAACCACGGCGCAACCUGGAAGGGCUACAGUGAUCGAGCCAAGUAACAUAAACCCGAUCACCGACUGGAAUUUUGCAAAGGCUGACUUUCCUAUGUUGUACGACCGAGUCACCAAGGUUGAUUGGAGUACCGUGCUGGCUGAAAAAUGCGUGGACGGGGCGGUUGAGCGAUUGUAUGCUUUAUUGUAUAGCUGUUUCGAUGCAUGCGUUCCCAAAAAGAGUCGUAGUAGGAAAACUACCAGAGUAUAUCCAACCUGGUUCUCCGCGGACAUAAUCAAGGAUUUAAAGAGGAAGGGUGAUUUGCACAGGCAGUGGAAAGUCUCAGGUGACUCGUACGUAUAUAGUCUGUAUAGUGCACUUAGGGCUGGCAUAAAAAAAAGAGUUUCCGCAGCGUACGAUAUUCAGCUAUGCCUAAAAACGAACCCGAAAUCCUUUUGGCGAUAUGUGUCCAACCUACGAAACAAAGGCGGAUUCGAGUCCAGUAUUACUUAUGGGGACCGGAUGCUUAGUGGUCAGGCAGCGGCGGGGGCUUUUGCCGACUACUUCAGUAGUGUAUUCCUCCCCUGCGAGCCAAAGCUAAGUGCUGAAUUAGCAGGUACUACUGGCAGUGAUCAUCUCAUAAGCAUAUCUGGGUUUUCCGAGUGUGAGGUGGGACUAGGAGUAGACAAAUUAAAACCGAAUUGUGCGCUUGGUCCGGAAAAUGUCCCCGCGUUUAUAAUUAAGGCAUUUAAAUCCCAACUUUCGGGUCCUCUAGCCCAUGUGUUCAAUCUGGCGCUCAAGUCUGGCACCUAUCCUCAUAGUUGGAAAACCUCGAGAGUCACUCCAAUUCUAAAGGCGGGUGACAAGUCGCGAGCCGAAAACUACCGUCCCAUCGCCAUCCUGAGCUCAUUUGCUAAGGUUUUCGAGAGUGUCCUGCACUCUAAAUUGUACACUUUAGUUGAUCCUUAUUUAAAUGAUGCGCAGCAUGGGUUCAGGAAAGGCCGCUCCGUCAACACCAACCUUCUCUCGCUCGUAAACCACGUCUCGGAUAAACUGGACAAAGGAUGCCAGGUUGAUGUUGCAUACCUUGAUUUCAGGAAAGCAUUUGACCAGGUUGACAACGAUAUCCUUUUAGAAAAACUGUCCGCAGUAGGCUUUGACCCAUCACUCCUUCAAUUGUUUGCCAGCUACCUGAAGGAUCGUAAACAAUUCGUUCGGCUCGGUUGCUUUGACUCCGAUCUGUACCCAACAAGAUCUGGUGUUAGUCAGGGAUCCUUGCUAGGUCCCUUUCUCUUCACUAUUAUGGUGAAUGAUCUUUCGACCUGUCUGGUUUCCGGUAAACUUCUAUUAUAUGCCGAUGACAUAAAAGUCAUGGUAGAUAUCAAAACCCCGUCAGAUUGCCAGGACAUGCAGCAUAACUUGGAUGCGAUAUAUCGAUGGAGCGUUAAAAACCGCCUUUCCCUUAAUGUGGCCAAGUGCCAUGUCAUGAGUUUCACCCGGGCUAGGCUGGGCAUACUCUCGAACUACCUCAUCGAUUGCAAGUCUAUAUCCCGCACUCAUUCUAUGAAGGACCUGGGGGUGCUCUUUGAUCCUGGUCUUACAUUUCAUGACCAUAUACGCUCUCUGGUUGCAGAAGGGUUUAAACGCUUGGGGUUUGUUACACGUAACUGCAAGGACUUUAAGCAUGUUGGUGUCUUCAAAGUUUUAUACUCUGCUCUGGUACGAUCCAAACUGGAAGCAAGCUCGUGCGUAUGGAGCCCAUACGAGACGACCUACAUGCUUAUGCUUGAGAAGGUUCAAAAAUGUUUUCUGCGUACUCUCUUCAAGAAAAUGUACGGGUACUAUCCGUUCAUGUAUCCGACGGCUUACUUGCAGGGUGCGCUAGGAUACAAUGCACUAGCGACGCGCAGACUGUUCGACCAGCUGGUAACAGUGCUUCGUAUCCUGCGCGGUCGUCUGGACUGUCCUGAGUUAGUUGGCGAGGCAUGUCGACUAUUUGUCCCAGACGGGCGUGCCCGGUUUCGUGCUGACCGCCUGCGCCUCUUCGCGGUCCCUCCCGCCCGCACGGUCUCGCGGCGCAACUCGCCCGUUUGUCGAGCGUUGCACACGCUCAAUAAGCUCGCUGCUGUGCAACACUCCUGCGAUUUGUUUGCGGACGGCUGGACGGUUAUUGAGAAAGAUUGUUUAAAAAUAUGCGAGUUACUGACCUGA